UAUUGGCAGCUUCUCAUGCAUGCAAGAGCUUCCCAUAAAAUAAUGAGAAUAUUUUUACUUCUUCCAUUGAUAGCUGUUGUCAAUUCUAAGACAUAUUUGGUUGAAACAGUUAAAGAACCAGAUGCUAAUCCUUCAGGUUAUACUGGAGAUAAUAAAGGUACUGGAGAUGAUUAUGCUCUGGACGAUUUGGUCGGGGAAGGGUCUGGUGGAAACCCACCAGGACCUGAAGACACUGGUAGUUCUGCUGAAAACCUGGAAGAAUCUGAAAACAUUAUUGGUUCUAAUGAAGACCAAUAUGGUUCCGGAGGGAAUGCUGGAGAUGAAUUUACUGACAAUCAUGAUCAAGAUGAUUCUAAUGGAGAAGAUUACUUAAUAGGUGGCCUAAUUGGGACUGCAGUGAAUGGUCUCCUGGGUUUGUUUAGCCCAAAGCAGAAUGGUGGCCGUCAAAAUGUUCCACAAGGUGGUCGGCAGAAUGGUCCGCAGAAUGGUCCACAGAAUGGUCCGCAGAAUGGUCCCCAGAAUGGUCAGCAAAAUGGUCCGCAGAAUGGUUUGGAGAAUGGUCGGCAAAAUAUUCCUGGUUCUCCAAAUUAUGUUCCACAAGAGAGUCCUCAAAAUGGUCGACAGAAUAAUCCUCAAAAUGUUCCUCAAAACGGUUUUCAAAAUGAUCCUCAGAAUGAUCGACUUAUUGGUCGACCGAAUGGUCGACAGAAUGGCCAACAGAAUGGUCUAGAGAACGAUCGACAGUUUGAUCAGCAAAAUAGUCGUCAGAAUGGACGACAGAAUGGUCGACAGAAUGGUCGACAGAAUGGUCGACAGAAUGGUCAACAGAAUGGUCGACAGAAUGGUCGGCAGAAUGAUCCUCAGAUUGAUCAACAGACUGAUCGACAGAUUGAUCAGCAGAAUGGUCGUCAGAAUGGUCGUCAGAAUGUUCGUCAGAAUGGUCGACAGAAUGGUCGACAGAACGAUCGGCAAAAAGAUCGGCAAAAUGAUCGGCAGAAUGAUCCAGAGAAUGGUCGACAGAAUGGUAAAAAGAGAAGGGGUAAAAAUGGUAGAAAAAGAGAUAAUGAAGAAUAAAGAAAGUCUGAGAUGUAAGACAAUCAAAGUUAGUAUUUUAUUAAUAAAUAAAUCACGAAGGCAUAAA